AUGGCAUCCUUCAUCAAGACAGAACACUACGAACCCUACUCCGAAAUCUCCCCUAACACCCUCCAUACCCAAUUCACCAACCAAAAAGUCCUCAUAACCGGAGGCGGCUCCGGCAUAGGCGCAUCCACAGCCCGCAGCUUCGCCCAAGCCAACGCCGCAAAACUCAUCCUCACCGGCCGCACCGAGUCCACCCUCCACCAGACAGCAGCCGCCCUCCGCGCAGAGUCCCCCGACCUAGAAUUCUCCCUUCACGUGGGAAGCGUCUCUUCCCCAGACCACCUCUCCGCACCAGUGAGCUUCGUCGACGCGGAUUUGAAGGAUUGGUGGCAGGGGUCCACGACUACUGUAUUUAGAACGGCGCUUAUGACGCAGACGUACCUCCGCCGUCGCAGAGGCUUGCAGACUGGGGCGGAGGACGAGAAGCCUGGGGUUAUAAUCAACAUCAACACGAAGGCUGCGUAUGAAUUUCGUAUCCCCGGUAUGAGCAGCUACGGCGCGAGUAAAGCUGCCAUGCUGCGCCUGGCGCAGGUUAUUACGGACGAUGCCCCGGCGUCCGAGGCGUGCGUUAUCUCUGUUCACCCUGGCGCAGUGCAGACGGCCUUGCUGGUCAAGUCUGGGCUGAAGCGAAAGAUGACGAACAGGAAAUUAGCGGGAGACUUUGAAGUGUGGAGUGCUUCGGAGGAGGCGGCGUUUCUGAAUGGGCGGAUGGUGUGGGUGAAUUGGGAUGUCCCCGAGUUGCUUUCGUGGAAGGAUGUUAUCGUCGAGAAGGAUCUUUUGAGGACGAAUAUUAAAGAGGCUUAG